CGUGAGAUACGAGUCACCUUCUCCUUGGUUCACGAAACAAAUAAAACCCUUCUCAUUACACGAUUUUCUUUCGUGCACCCAAUUUCUGACCACUCUCCACCCUUCGCCAUCUCUACCUCACUUCGAUUCCAAACCCUAACGACAUUCUCUCCAAAUUUUUUCAGCGAGAUCCGAAGGAAAACAAAGGGCUUUGGAGCUCAGGAAACCCUAGGUUAUGGCAGAUAAUACUGUAGCAGAAGAGCCAUCAACUGGGGUUAAAGAAGUAGAUGGCAAUAAAGAGAUGGUUGCUGGGAUAGCAAAUGACUUUGUUGAAGGGCGAUUACCUGCAGACAAAGAUGGAGAUGGUAAUACAGAGGAAACGUCAGAUAACGUCAAAGAUGGAAAUGGGCUAAAUGGUGAUCAGAAUUUAAAUGUUGGAGAUGAUAAAACUCCCCAGUUGGGAAUGGUUUUUAAAUCCUAUGGAGAAGCUUGCUAUUUCUAUAAGCAGUAUGCUCAGAGUGUGGGUUUUGCUGCAACAGUGAGAAGAUCAUCAUUUAAAGAGAAUGGAGAGUGUCUUCAUUUGAUACUUGCAUGCUGUAAAUGGGGUAAAGGGCGAGAAGGAGAAGAGUACCAAUCGAGACCUACAGCAAAAACAAAUUGUCAGGCUUCAAUAAAAUUGAGGUUAAGAGGUGAAGGCUUGUUGCAUUUGGAGAAGGUUAAUCUUGAACAUAAUCACGAACUGAAUCCAUCUAUCACCAAAGUCUACAGAUGCUUCAAAAUUCUGUCCAAUAACAAAGUUCUACGACCCAAAUCUGGCCACAAUCCGAUCCAAGCUCAUGAAAGACAAAACUAUCUGACUGUUGAAGAGGAUCACAGAAACUCUAGUGGAAGAAGACACCUAAAGCUUGGACAAGGAGAUGAUGAAGCUAUUCAACAGUUUUUUACACGAUUGCAGAACAAGAACUCUCACUUCUUUUACUUAAUAGAUUUGAAUGAAGAUGGUUGCUUGUGUAAUGUGUUUUGGGCUGAUUCUAGGUCAAGAGCAGCAUACAAAUAUUUUGGUGACGUUAUGUCAUUUGAUACAACUUACCUCAGGGAUGCAUUUCAGGUUCCUCUUGUUUUAUUUCUUGGUGUCAACAAUCAUGGGCAAUCUGUGUUGCUAGGUUGCGGAUUACUUUCAGGUGAAACAAUAGAAAACUACAUCUGGGUGUUCAAGGCAUUUGUAGCUUGUAUGUUAAGCAAACUUCCAAACGCCAUUGUCACUGAUCAUUGUAAGGCCAUUCAAGGUGCAGUUGCUGAAGUUUUUCAUGGUGUGAGACACCGUCUAUGCUUAUACCAUAUAAUGGAAAAAAUGGCAGAGAGAUUGAGGGAAUAUUCAGCAUACACAGAGAUUAAGAAGACACUAAUGAAAGUGGUCUAUGACUCUUUGAAAGUUGAGGAAUUUGAGGAAAAUUGGAGGAUUAUGAUAGACAGAUACAACCUUGAAGGUUGCGAGUGGCUUAAUUCCAUAUACAAAAGCCGUAAUAGUUGGGUCCCAGUUUUUCUGAAAGACACAUUUUGGGCAGGACUUUCUACUACUCAACCCAAAGAAAGCAUCACCCCGUUUUUUGAUGGGUUUGUAAACUCAAAAACUUCUUUAAGGCGUUUUUUCAUUAUAUAUGAAGCUGUCUUGCAAGCUAAAUACGAAAAAGAAAUAGAAGCAGAUUCUGAUUCAUUUAAUGGAUAUUGGCGAAUGGUCUCUAAAUUUCACAUGGAAGAGCAGCUCUCCAAACUAUAUACACUUAACAUUUUUAAACUUUUCCAGGAUGAGUUGAAGGCUACUAUGUAUUGUGAUGUUUCUUUAUGUAAAGUUGAUGGGGUAAUUUCUACAUUUGAAGUUAAGGAAUCUCUUUUCUUAGAAGAUGGCAAAACAACAAAGAUUAACUACUGUGAAGUUCUCUACUAUUCUGAUGAACCUAAAGUGCAGUGCAUCUGUGGUUCUUUUCAAUCUAGAGGCAUUUUAUGCAGACAUGCCUUAGCUGUGCUUAAGUUCCAACAAGUUUAUGAGAUUCCUUCUCAUUACAUUCUCAGUCGUUGGCAAAAGGAUUAUAAGAGACUGCACCUUUUGGAGCAAUCCUGUGAUGAUGUGGCGUCCAAAAACCUAAUGGAGAAAUAUGAUUAUUUAUCGAUGCGUUGCCUUCAACUGCUUGAGGUGGGGCUUAUAUCUAAUGAUAAGUAUCAGCUUGCUCUGAAAUUAAUAAGAGAAGUAGAGAAACAGCUUCUAGAUGAUUCAUUACAAGGGGAUGGAAAUCAAAAGAAUAGGGAGGAUCUAGCAACACUACAAUUUGGUUUCUCUCAAAAUGAGCAGGUUCAUGAUUCUUCACAGCAAGUGAAACGAAGAGGUCGUCCACCAAAGAAAAGGAAAGAGGCAGAGGCAGAGGCAAUAACUAGAUCGAAUACUGGAAUGGGUUCAUCAAUGACAGCAUUGGUUGGGGAUCACAGAGAUGUUCUACAAGUUGGCCCAACUUCUGCAUAUCUUGGCUCACAUUCCCAUAUACAAGGAGGCACAAAUCUAAUGGCAGACGUGAACCUGAAUGAUUACUCAUCUAGCAGUCAUUUUGGGAUGCACGUUAACCCACAGCAUCCUGUUGCCGGACUGUCAGGGAUACACGUUAACCCACAGCAUCCUGUUGCCGGACAGUCAGGGAUACAACCGAGCAUCAUUGAGAGCCAGUAUUCUCCCCAAACUAUUGGAAACCACGGGAGGUCACAGUGGCUCUAUCACCAAAUAUUCCAGGAACAGCAACUUCCAAGGGCACCGCAUGGCGCAAACAGAUAAUGAGGCGGCAACCAAUUGUCAAUGAGUUCCUUUUCGUACUGAACGAAACUCCUACCCUGAAUGUUUCUUGCUUAUUUUCUUUCUUUCAUACGCCAGUCAAUAGAACUUAAUUUCCUUAUUACUGAAAAUUUAAUUGUUUGGUCUAAGCUUACUUUCUGGCUAGUACCAGUGGCUAAUGUCACCAAGACCUAAAAACUUACCUUUUGUAUCUGUCUUCUUCAGCUGAUACUAGUUCUUUAAGGCCUCUAAUCUCUCAAACAUAACAACUAUUAUAUCAAAAUAAAAACAAGUUUUUUCUUUUCUUUUUUCCCUCAACUUACUAGCUUCAUUAAUAUACAUCCUGAAUCAGACUAGAAGUUCUUUUGUACUGUUACCUUGUUGCUUGUACUUCUCAUCAAUUUAAUUGGUCUACAACAUUUCAGCAUCUUAUUACUGAUGUAAUAUCUCGCUUGAUUUUUAUUUUGAUUCUUCUUUUCCCAGUUGCACUAUGCACCAUACAAGAAAAAGAGUUUGCACGAGUCUAAGAGCAUGUCUAUAGUGAAAGCUCAUUUGUUGCUCAUCCGAAGAUGUAGUAACUGCCUACUCUAGCUCAGAGAUACAUUGCGGCCACAUGAAAUUUCGAAUUUAAGAACAAGAAAGAUGCUUAGCCAAAGAACGAGUAAAGUUCACGGAGAAAAGUGCAAAUUUUAAACAAGGAAAUGGUUUGAUGAUGCUCGCAGCUGAAUGUGCAUCCUUUCAGUGUAGGAGCCCCAAGCAAACUGGCAUCUGAAACCUUACUGGUGAAAACAAGGAUGCUUUCAAGAAACAAAAGAGCCUUGGAGCAUGUAUUCGCUAGUGAGCUGUUUAGUUUGAUUGUAGUUUUUUGUAAUUUUUUAGUUUUAAGUAUGGUGUAUAAUAACUUAAGCUUGCUGUCUCUCUGUUGAUAGCCCAAUUUUUAUCUAAAAAGAGGAAAUUGUCAUAGCUCACCAAGAAGAUUUUUGUAUUUACCGCGUAGUAUUACUUUUAUUGUUUUAUA